AUGGAAAGUAUCGAAAAGACUACCUUCAAAGCCCGUUAUGGGCACUAUGAGUUUCUCAUUAUGCCAUUUGGCGUUGCAAAUGCUCCAGCGGCCUUCAUGGGCCUCAUGAACCGAGUGUUCAAACCUUAUCUCGACGAGUUCGUUAUAAUCUUCAUUGAUGACAUUCUCAUAUACUCCAAGUCACCGAAAGACCAUGAGCAACACUUGCGUGUGGUUCUACAAACACUAUGUAAAGCUAACGUGGUGGUAGAUGCACUGAGCCGAAAGACGACCAGAAGUUUGGCAUGUACUCUGGUUUCCCACAAAAUCAAUGGACUGCUCGCCAACAUAACCGUGGAACCUACCUUAAUUAAAGAAAUUAGAGCACGCCAAAGUGAAGAUAAACUCUUGAAGAAAAAGUACAAGGAACUAAGGAGUAUGUCUGAUCUUGAUUUCACUAUAAGCAAUGGGAUACUGAAGUUUCAAAAUCAAAAUUGCGUACUUGAUAGUUCAGAAUUCAAGAAGAAGAUAUUGGUAGAAGCUCAUAGUUCGAGAUUUGUAGUCCACCCUGGUAACACAAAGAUGUACCAAGAUUUGAAGGAACACUACUGUUGGACAAGAAUGAAAAGAGACGUAGCAAACCAUGUCUCCAAAUGUCUGCAUUGUCGACGUGUUAAAAUAGAACAUCGGAGACCAGCAGGGAUGUUGCAACCACUCCCUAGUCCUGAAUAG